ACAUUGCUCUCCUGAAAGCGCCCCCAGCGGCAGCGUCAUUCUCUUGCAUGUUCGGGGAGAAAUGGCUGCACAAGAGCCAUCACCACCAUCUUCACUGGAAGGCAACAAACCAGGGUUUCCUAAGAAAAUUUUGGCGAACAACCUCGAAGAAAAACACAUGUGUAAUUCUUGUUUGAAAAUUUUGAGAAGGCCUCUACAAGCCCAAUGUGGCCAUCGUUUUUGUUCAUUCUGUUUCAACAAAAUUGUUAGUUCUGGACCACAUAAAUGCAGUGCUUGCAUCAAAGAGGACUUGUUUGAGGACCCCACAUCUAUUCUUAAAGAAGGCGGUGCUUUUCCUGACAAUGCAGCGCGGAGAGAAGUCGAAGCAUUGGCAGCUGUUUGUCCAAAUGAAGGAUGCACUUGGACGGGCAAUAUCAAAGAAUAUGAGGUGAACCACGAGGGAAAGUGUGACUUCAUGAUCAUUCUCUGUCCCUCCUGUAAAGAACUCAUGAGAACCAAUGAGCUGGAGCGCCACAACGAACGAGAAUGUCCUGAGAGGACUUUAAACUGCAAAUACUGCAAAGAACCUUUCCAUUUCAAGAACAUCAAGGCUCACGAUGAGAUCUGUCCAAAGUACCCUAUGAUUUGUGAAGGCUGCGCAAAGAAAAAGAUUCCCAGAGAAAAGUAUGUGGACCACAUCAAGUUCUGCAGUAAAUUUAGAGCACCUUGCAGAUUUCACGUCGUUGGCUGUGAUAUGUCUGUGGAGAAGGAGAAGACCCAUGACCAUGAGCGUGCAUGUUCCUACGAACACUUAAAUCUACUCUUGCAUUUCAUCAUGGGCAUCAAGGUGAGCCUGGAGAGCUUGCAGCCCCAGAGCCUGGAGCUCGCAGGUCACAAGAUCCACGAGCUGCACCGGGCCUUGAGAGAGCUGGAGCUGAAGCUGGGACAGCUGACUCUGGGUGAGGGAGCCCCCGUGCAGGGAGCCUGUGCCCCUACCCUCCCUACCCUGGCCCUCCCUGCCCUGGCCACCUCCUUCACCCCCCUGCCCAGUGCGGUGGGCGCUGCCCUGGAGCUGCAGCUCCACAGUGAGAAGACCAAGGUGGCAGAGCUGAGCCGGCGGUGCCAGGAACUGGAGCUGAAAGUGGGCACCUUCGAGAACAUUGUCUGCGUCCUCAACCGAGAGAUGGAGCGCUCCUCCACCACCAUCGAGGCCUACAACCGCCAGCAUCGCCUGGACCAGGACAAGGUGGAGAUCCUCAAUAACAAGGUGCGUCAGCUGGAGAGAACUGUGGGCCUGAGAGACCUGUCCAUUGUGGAGAUGGAGGGGAAUAUUCGGGAAAUGUCUGCAGCUACGUUUGAUGGUAUCUUUGUCUGGAAAAUCUCAGAUUUCACAAAGAAAAGACAGGACGCUGUUGCUGGCAGAGCCCCAGCUAUGUUCUCCCCAGCAUUUUUCACCAGCAAAUAUGGCUACAAGAUGUGCCUACGGAUUUAUCUGAAUGGGGACGGGACUGGACGGGCCAGUCACUUGUCUCUGUUCUUCGUGGUGAUGAGGGGACACAGUGACGCCCUCCUCAAGUGGCCCUUCAACCAGAAGGUGACCCUGAUGCUGCUGGAUCAGAAUAACCGAGAGCACAUCAUCGAUGCCUUCCGUCCCGACAUCUCCUCCUCCUCCUUCCAGAGGCCCGUCAGUGACAUGAACAUCGCCAGCGGCUGCCCACUCUUCUGCCCUCUUCCCAAACUGGACACCAAAAACUCCUACAUACGAGAUGAUACUAUAUUCAUCAAGGCUAUUGUUGACCUCACUGGCCUCUAGGAACAAAGUGUGCCCACUGCCCAAGCUCUCUCCCUUGGUUACUUAUGUAAUCCACUUGUAGGGGUUUGCCAUGCCAUCCAGGGGCCUUGCUGUGCUGUUUUAUGUCUCAAAUGGCACCCUAUUCCCUAUGUCGUGCACUACUUUUGACCAGAGCAUUAUGGGCCCUUGUCCAAAGUAGUACACUACAUGGGGAAUCGGGUGCCAUUUGAAACAUGUCCGAGAUCUUCGGUUAGUAUGUGGUUUCUUGGCUGGUUGAAGAGUCCACCAUUCACAGCACAGUGUUGUGCUAGCCAUAAUUUAGCUUGACGCCAUUGUUACCAAGCAACCAAUAUCACAAUCACAUUUUGCGAUGUAGUUCUUGUUAAAUUGAAAAUAGAAAGUGUUGUUUGAGAUUUCCCUUCAGUUAGUGGGACAGCCGUUUGCUGUUAUUGUAUUGAUACAACUAUGCUACUGCUAACGCUUGUACCAUGGACCUCUGGCACUUUAGCUUUGUAGGAUGAAAACAGAAACAGCGCAAUGGUCAUGUCAUUCUGUUAGCGUUAGGUGCUUGUGUAACUGCAUUUGAUGCUAGAUAUUUGGUAAACCACUCAUUUCGAGCAACUUUUGAAUAGACAGACGUGGAGUUCCAACAACUACAAUUGAUGCCCAUUAUCUUACCUUUUAAGUGGUCAGCUUGGCACAUACUUUGCAGUGCAUUUAAGAGUAGGCAUUUGAAGUCAUCUGACAUUUGUGUCAAGCGUUGUGUGCCUCUAAUCUCAAGUCCUGUGUUUGUAGUGGUGGCAAUUUCUUGAAUUCCAUGAAUUCCAGGUGCAGUAUUUGGAUUUUGAAUCGAUGUUGUCUGCGCACAUUUUCUUUCCUCUUUUUGAGCUGAGUUGCUAUAUUAGUUUGCAUGUUGGAUCUGUGGAAGAUACACUGUAGUUUGCAACAGGGUAGUUCACUAAACCUGAAUCGCAGCGACCGAGAAGUUGUCAUCGGCCUGGUGUUAUAGCUUGACGUGGGAAGGACUUUUAUUGGGAAGAGAUCAAGGAUUGUUUACAAAUCACUAAACAGGGUCUUAGAAAUCUAAUGACAUUCAAGGGUAAAUGUUUAUUUGUAUUAGUGUUUUCUUCACAGCUUUGAGCUGUUCAUUGAUUCCAGAUAAAAUCUGUGACCUAGCUUUUACGAUAAGAAGUGCCUGCAUCCGUCAUAAGUUCAUUCUGAUCAAUGAGCCGUUGAACUGUUGAUGUGCUCUCCUGUGAAAUAGAUGGACCCAAAAAAGCUUCAGUUGUGUGAAAAAGAGCAGUUCUAUAUCCUUAUAAAAACCCUUUACUGUGGUGUAUUUUGGUAUGUUCAUAUGUCCGGUGAAAUAGUUGUUUGAUUUUACUACACCACACAGGCCUAAAUAUUGCACACUGAUGAAUUCAUGUCAUUAUAUCUGGGAUCCUUCAGUUGAAUAGGGGAGUCUUAGAUAACUAACAAUUGGCUUUACAUCUAAAUGAAAAUUAACCCAGGACGUUUUCAAGCCAGUCUCAACACAUAUUGAAACCUCUCUGUGCAUGAGGUGUUUCAAUAAAUAUACACAUAAUAUUAAGUAUUGGUUUACUUUAAAGAACAACAUUUUAUUUGUAAUUGUUCUUAAUAUAUGAUUGAGUGUUCUAUUGCUAAUUUACGUCACAUAUGCAAAUCGGCAAAUGCUGUUAAAUUACAGGUUUUGCUAUUGAUGUAUGCAGAGAGUGAAAUAUAGUUACAUAUACUCUCCUCCGUAUUUAUCUGGACAUUGAAGAAAACAUUUGUAAAUCUCACCCUAUACGCCAGCAUUUUGGAUUUGAGAUCAAAUGUUUCCUAUGAGACGACAGUACAGAAUGUCACCUUUUCAUUUGAGGGUAUAUUCAUCCAUAUCUGUUUUACCAAUUAGAAAUGAAAGAACUUUAUGUAUCUAGUCUCCAUUCAGUUCCUAUUGGGAAAAACAUAAUCCGAAACACAACAAAAACAAACUGUA